AUGGCAGGAGCCGAGGUCGUGGUGAAUGCAUGGAAAGGAUGGGGUCUCCAAGCGCUGGUGCUGCUCAGCUUCAUGCUCCAGGUCACUCUCCUCAUCUUGGCGGAGUUCCGCCGGUUCAUCAACUCGGGCGUGCUAAGGGUCUUCGUUUGGUUAGCCUACACGAUGGCCGACGCAACGGCGAUCUACGUGCUCGGCCAUAUGUCGGUGACCAGCAUGUCGCCGGAGCAUGAGCUGAUGGCGUUGUGGGCGUCGUUCCUGCUUUUGCACCUUGGCGGGCAGGACAACAUCACCGCCUACGCCAUCGAGGACAACCGGCUGUGGCUGCGCCACCUGCAAACACUCGCCGUGCAGGUGGCAGCAGCUGCAUAUGUCAUCUACCAGUCAUCCAACCUUGGCAGGCGGUCCUUGCUCUGGCCGGCCACCAUUCUCGUGUUUGUGGUGGGCGUUCUCAAGUACGGGGAGAGAGUGUGGGCGCUGAGACGCGCUAAUAGCACCCCAGCAGGCCACAACUACCGGAGUAUUGAAAGGUUUUCGGUGCUUCGGUCAUACAAUUUUAAAGACGUGGCAAGUUCAGGUGGCAAGCAGGCCAGAGGUGUCCUGGAUACGGAAGCCUUCCUACAAAUAGCUCACCAACUGUUAGAAGUUCCCAAGGAAUUGUUGUUGGAGGGGUCAUUACCCACUGAAGGUUUAGGCACAGAUCUGAGUGCGGCGGAGGUGUACAAGGUGGUGGAGAUGCAGCUCUCGCUGAUGCACGACGUCUUCUACACCAAGACACCGGUGAUGCACAACUGGCAUGGCCUCUGCAUCCGUAUAACUUCCCUGGUAGCCACCGUCAUUGCCUUAUUGCUGUUCCAGUUAUCAGGUGAUCACAAGAACUUGUACAAGGGUCGUACAUUAGAUGUUGCUGUCACUUAUGUCCUAUUGGUUGGAGCCGUCAUCCUGGAGAUCACAUCAGUGCUGAGGGUCAUGUUCUCGAGCGGGACAUACGUGCUCCUGAAAGGAUGGAGUAGCCCGGUAUGGUAUCUGCUUGCCCGUGUAGUUGCAUCUCUCCGCCGGCUUGUCCAUGCAGCAGAGUGGAGAAGAAGGCGCUGCUGGUCGCGCUCCAUGGGGCAACACAACAUGAUUCAGUUGUGCGCUCGCAGCAAGGCCAGCCGAAGAAGCAAGGUGGCAAGAUGGAUCGGAGUCGAGGACUCGUGGAACAUGCUGUCCUACUCGACGUCCAUCCCCGUGUCAGCCUUCAUCGAGCAGCUGAUGGUGAAGCAGCUGCUCAAGCUCAGGAAUAAUGGAUGGAGCCCAGAUGAAAUCAUCAUGGCGGAGGGCCGGGAGGCUCUGCAGAGAUGGGGACUGUACGGGCGCCUGGACUGGAGUGUAGAGGAGAGCAUAGUCGUCUGGCACCUCGCGACUGACCUCUAUCUAUCUUGGUGGAAGGAGGAGCGACCAAAGGGCACCGGCCGGCAGGACGACGACGCUGACCUUUCCAAGGCGGUCGAGGCGCUGUCCAAUUACAUGAUGUUCCUCCUCGCAGCACGUCCCAGCAUGUUGCCGCCCCCUGCCGACCGUAAUGCCUAUGUCCAGAUGUGCUAUACACUGCUGCCCUCAAAAAAAUUAAAAAGACGCACUUUGGUCAUGCCUGCUCUGGAGUACAUCUCAGCCGGGGAUUUAGUCAGCUCAUUGCGGCUCCUUGGGAACUCAUUGGUCGCUGGAUCGAUUACAUUUGAAUCCACUUUUCCAGUAAUAGGCAGAUACGAUGCGGAAACAUCCAUUACAGGAGCUAUGCUUGGUGCAAGGCUCAUCGGCGAGGAUGAGUUAGCAGGCUCGUCCCCAGGUGACAUGCUGAAGCUGAUCGUCCAAGUUUGGUUGGAGAUGCUCUUCUACGUGGGCAGCCGAUGCAGCGCCUACUCCCAUGCCAAGCAGCUCAGCAACGGCAGUGAGCUCAUCACGGUCGCUGCUCUCCUAGUCAAAUACAUCACACGAGGUAUGACCACGGGCGUUGUUUAA